GCCGUCACCAGGCAGCCCGCUGUGAAGCACAGCCGCCAUGGAACUGCUCUGCUCAGCACAAUCUCAUGGCGCAGCGUCUGAGGCCUCGGACAAGCUGCAGUCACAUAAGCUCCACCGUGCCCUGAUGAGAUACUGGGCUGUGUAUGGAGGUCUCCAACCUACAAGCAAACACAGACAGCUUUCAGCUCGGUAACACUGCCCUGUGGCGUGAUGAACCAGGUUACAUCAACAACUAAGUUAUAGUGCUUCAGCGCUCCCUUUUGCUCCAACAGUUACAGUUCACCACGGACACCACGUGCUCCAGAAAGGAACACCAUUAACUAACUCGUGUUAAAAGCAACCAACCAUUCCCUGACAAAGCAAAAAACCCCACACACAGCCCUACAGCGCAGCCCCGCAGCCGAAGGCUCCCUCACACGGCGCAACGCUUCCUCAGAAACCAAUGCAGUGAACGCACAGCUUAGUUCCAUACAUUUUGUACAAAUACCGGCCCUUCCUGGAGAAAACCUGGCUUCUCUCACACGCCCCCAACAGAAGGGCAGUCGGUGAACGUACCCCGCUUGUCUCUGGGGUUCUCUACUUUUCUCCACAAAAACAAACAGCAAUCCUCCUCAUUGCCCCGCGCCCGCGGCUCCGCCGGUUCUAUCCUAAGGCGCAAACAUUUCUCCUAAGAACAGACACAAAAGAGCGAAUUUAUUUCCCCGAACGUUCUGAGAAAGGCAUGUGAAACACACGGGCACCGCAGCCGCGGGGACAACGCUACGCCGGCUCACAGGCACUGACCCGCGAGGCACAGCUCGGAGCUGCUCUCCCGCCCGCCCUCACGCACACCGCGCCGCCAUCUUGGAGCCCACCGCCCCUUCCGGCGCGCAGCUGACGCGCCGUCCCGCCCCCCUCAGCGCCAUUCGUCACUCAGAACGGCCGGCCCCAAUGACCGCCUGUCCGCAGCCACCUGCCGCUGCAGUAAGCAAAUAACGCUCUCUAUAAACUGUACCAUGUGCCUAUGAGAGCUCCUUAGAACACACGGAUAAAACAAAAAUACCCUGGCACCAAAAAGCAUUCAAACUAGAGCAAUUACUCCAAUGAAUUCAGUCUAGUUUGGCGUGAUACGGAGCUGAAGGACAGCCGUGGGCUGUGAACGGCCGAUCCGAUGGACUUGGUGCUCAGCCUCAAGGCUGUGUGUGAAAAAUAAAGCUAAAUGCAACUGAACCACAUCAGGUCACAAAGCAAUACGAUACCGUUUCAUUAUCAAUGUAAAGCAGGAUUUUCUAAAAAUAUAUACUCCUGAUUGAGCAGGUUCUUGCAAUGCCAUCGCACAAAACUUUAGAUUUUGCUUGUCUCCUGGGUUAGAACAGCUGAAGUGACACACCAUCAUUUUCCUGUACUGCAGGUGUGACUGGUAGAAAAGCCAGCAAUGGACAGACAAAUAGAAAAUUACAAGUUCUGCGGGUUCAGAGAAAGCAACAUGUCAGCUAAUAUACUGUUUGUGAGCACUUAGUUGUUAGGGAGCCAAGGGGAGCCAGCACAUAGAGAGCAGCGAUCCUUCCCUUCUGCUCAGCACUGGUGAGGUGGUACUUGGAGUGCUGUGCUCAGUGCUCUCACAGUACGAGAGAGACAUCAACAUACAGUAGAGGGUCCAUCAUAGGGCCAUGAAGGCUUGAGGGGGGUGUAGCCCCUCUCCUGUGAAAAGAUACGGAGAGAGCUCAGGCUGUUGAGCUGGGAAAAGGCUCAGGGGGAUCAAAUCCUCGUCCAUAAAUACCUGGAGGGAGGUACAAAGGGGAUUCAGACUCAUAAAGACAUCUCAGCUGACAGUAGAGAGAACACCAAAAUAACGGUAAUGAACUCACAGGUUGUGUAUAAUUGCAGUCCAACAGACAUGCAGUUUUUCCACAGUACGCUGCACACUGAAGAAGUGAUGUGAUUGAUUUCCCCAUUCAUAGUCCUAGCCUUGCAAUCAGCACAGACACUGAAAAUAACUGGAUUUUGGUGAACGAUACUCAAAACUCUGGUUGCUGAUUAUAUUCAAUUCCAGGUACGUUCUGAUCCGAUGCUUUAGAACAGGUAGCAUGAAAGCUGAACAGCCUGCGGCAGCUGGUCUAUUAUGUUUACUGACCCAUUCCCUAUCCCCAAAAUCUCACUAAAGCAAUAUAUUUUGUAACAGUAAUAAAAAUGGUAGUUUAAAACAAUAGCUUUGGGUCACAUUAUAAUGGUAGAGACAAAAGAAAAUGAUCUUUCUAGGCUUCAGAUUAAAAGAGCGGCUAUCAGAAAGGCCACAGGAGAUCACCAAGGAACUAAGUGUAACAAUAAAAAGCAGCUUAAUAUCUUGUUUUUCAUGUUGACAUUUAUGUGUGUGCAUCCAGAUUCUUGCCCUUGUUGAGUACAGAGCAAGUGGUGCUAUGGGCACAAAAAUAUAUAUUCUUUUAAUAAUUUGAUAUUUAGUACCAUACAUUACCAUACUGAAUUAAUAUCUUACAACACUGACAAGUAUUUAUCCUCCCAAUCCAUUUGUGAUCUGGCUGAUAGUGAUUACUCUUCCUUUAUAACAGAAAAAAAGCAUUAAGGAAUUGCAUGUCCAGGCAGCACCAAGUGCCUUUGUUUAAAUUGCUUUUCCAAAGCAACUUAGUAUUCUUUGCAUACAGCAGGGAACUAAAUUAGAACUACUUGUUUCUAACCUAAUGCCCCAACCACAGUGCCCUUGGAUGCUCAGGUUAUUCUACUCUUUUUAUUACAGAUACAUUAAAUCAGAAUGAAAGGUGAGAGCAUGUACCAGUAAGCUAAGGUGAAAUCUGACUGUAAUGCUAUGAAUGCACAGAGUAUACCCUGUGUAUUUCUGCAAUAAUGAGAACUAUGAUUAGCAUCCUCUGGUAUGCAAAGUGCUUUGAUCUUGGAAUGAAUAAAAAGACUGUUGAUAUAGAUGAAAAAUCAGUGGAGAACUUUGUUUUGCUAUCCAAGCACGUGACACCUCGGUGCUGGCCAACAGGUUGAAAAUGCCUAAAUCACUGUUGAGGUUGAAAAGUUCAUGAGAGGAGUAAAUGAACAAUAAUUUAAAAGGGCAAGUGCAGCUGUCAGCUUCUGUGUUUCCAUAUUUCCUGAAUAUCCACUUCUUCCCAGGGGAAGCUUGCCUCACCAGCAAGAAAACCAAAUUACAGUGCACUGACAGCAGUGCAGAGCUAAACCCGCAGUGAUUCCUUUUUCAUUAACUAUUUUGUGGUUGUUUAUCAGAAACAUUCACACUCUGAUUAUAGCAUUUUUCUCCAUGGGAUCGUUCAGAACAAGAAUUUGCAUGCUUUUGGCAUCAUCCCAUCAGGGCUUCUCCCAUCCAACACAGGCAGAUUUACAUAGAAUAUUUUGUGAGAGAGGUCUGUAUGCCACAUGUUCUUAAAACAAUAUCAACCCAGUGACUGUGACGAAAAACACACAAAAUUCUCUUUGAGCAGGAGGAAAAGAGCAAAUGUAAGGUGAAUAAAAAGCCCUUCUUUAUGCUCAAGCACACCAAAUUCACAACACACAGAAGCACUCUGAUUCUUCAGUAGCAAUCAGGAAUCACUGCCUUUUAAAUCGGGAUCUCUAAGCUAGAUUACAGGGAAGAACUGCAGAAAAGCCUUUGAUGCUCACAUGCUCUAUACCAAAUGCUGCCGUAAAAUUGUAGUAAAGACUUCAACACUGAUUAAUGCUCCAGAAAGUAAGAGAAAAUUCCAUCCAUCUAUUCUGCUCCUUCCUGCCCACUGCUUCUGUCCCCUUCCUGGGCCACCCCCGGGGGGGUGGUCGGUCUCUUCUGAGAUUUUAAUUAGAUUCUUUGAGGUCAGAAUGCUGCAUUUUGCUACACUGCAUCCUAUGGGCUAUUAACUAUUAAUUAUCUGUGAUAUCUGAAUAGCAGGUUGUACACAAAGGGUACUGCUCCUUCUCCACAAAGAUAAUUCUACAUUAAAAUCUAAGCUCUUCCUACACUGAAAGCCUCAGUGUGACUUCCAAGUUUGCUUAAUUUUUAGAGACCUCAGUAGAUUUGUAAUUAACCCUCUGGUGAAGUCAAUCUGUACUACUGGCUUCUUCCUUCCAUUAUGAACCCUUUCUCAUGAAUACAUGAAGAUGCUUUGACAAACUGGGAUUCUUUCGUUUUCUGACUUGGUAGAAAUUCUUUUUUUUUUUUUUCCCUCAGCAUGAGAAUGAAUGCCUGAACAGAUUAUGUUAAUGUGGAAAUUAUAUCUUCUUGAGCUGAUACACUCUUGACAUUAGCUUUUCUAUCAUCACAGUCUGGGCAUAAAAGAGUCAAGAGCUAGCAGGUCUAGUUUUUGUUUUCUGUAAAGUUUAGCCAGACAGAUUCUGCAAGACCUCCACAUAUCCUGAUGACUAAAACAAAUUAUUUAGUAGUGUUCCUAAAAAUAAGCAUGUCUAGAGCUUUUUGGCACCAAGCUCAGGAAAACAACAGUCCAAGAUGCAGACUGUCACAGACAUGCACCUUCUGCAGUACCCUACUGGGUCCGCUUGGACCUACAUGGAUUAAGAGCUGCUGUUUUACUCUGUGACACCCUUUGCUUUCCUUUGACAUUAACUGGAGGAGGGUGAUGGCAGGCUGGUUCGGAUGUGUGGUUGGCUCAGAUCUGAGAAGUGAGCUGAUGAACCGUCUGCUCAAUGCGUGAUGUUUGUGGGGCCGAGUACGUCUGCAAAUAGUUGGAAAACAGACAAGUUUGGAGUCCCAAUUAAGGCUCGUGUCCCAGAGCUCCUUUAUGUCAUAUUAAUGGAUCAAUUAAUCUAAUGAAACAUUUCACCUUGUUCUGUGAGGCUUGUAUGGCUUCAGCCAUCCGAUUACAACGGCUGCUUAGUUUGUAGAAUGACGCCAGCACUUUCAUGUAUUACAAAUACACCUGGGAGAGGUAGGAUGGUAGCAGUUCAAAAUAAAGCUGUAGUCACUUAAGAGCGUAUUCCUGGAUGGAAAGACUAUUAUAAAUGGCAGCAGUGCACAUCCUUGUUUGGACUUGCACAGCAAAACACAGGCAGGAGUGAUGCUGGUGGGAGUGCGUAAAUACCCCCUCUCCAGGAAUAUUUUCCUUAGAAUUCAUCCUGCUGCUGAAACGUACCUGAGAGCUUGUUGCCACCAGUGGGUCAGGAUGUCACACGCCGUGCCCUGUGCCCAUGCCCGAAAAGAACAGAGAAUGACUGUGUAACGACUGGGCGUUACUUAGCAUUCCCCUGGGGAGCCUGGGAUGAGUUCUGAGCAAGCAAGCAACAGAACGAGGCUCCCUAUGGAGCGCCCGUGCGGACCGCCCGGGAGCCGCGCUGCUGCCUGCGCGUCGCCGCCAGCGGGACCCGCCGUGCCGGCACCGAGCGGCACCGGCAUCGCCUCCUCCCGCACCGCCCUUCCCGUCAGCGUGCAUCUCCUCCCGCGGUCCGGCGGGCAGCAUGAGGUGGCCAUCGCGACGGACUUCUGGUACAUCAUCGAUGCCUCCCGCCUGGAGACGGCCGCCAACGGCACGGCCGCGCUCAGCUCGCACUCGGGGCUCUGGCGGACCUGCCGGCUUAGGAGCAAGUGCUACCCUUUGAUCAACCCCUUCUGGUAUGAGAAUGCAAACAUCACCGACUCACACCGACAGCUCUUAUACAUGCAUGGGACAUUUGUCAUCCUGAUGCCUCUCAGCCUGAUACUGAUGAUUUUUGGAGGAAUGACUGGAUUUAUCAGUAUUCUUGCCAGGGCAUAUCUACUGCUUCUAAUGACGGGUCUGCUUUUUCUUUUUGGAGCUCUGGUAACGCUUACCGGGAUUGGUGUCUACAUUGCAUAUUCAGCUGCUGCCUUUGAAGAAGCCGUCUGCCUCCUGAGGAGUAAGGAUGUCCUGGUAGAAAUCGACAUCAGGUUUGGCUGGUCUCUGGCACUGGUCUGGAUCUCUUUUGUCGCAGAAGUGAUCACUGGGGCUGCGUUCCUCCUGGCAGCAAGAGUCGUUGGCCUGAAACAGCAGCGUGAACAGGAGUUAUGAACAGCAGGUAUCACUGCAACAACAGAAAACUCUGAAAUGUGGAUUCAGGGGUCUGUCUGGUCACUAGGGGGAAUAAAAGUGGCAAGACUGUGACUGAGUAACUUGCCAGGUGCCAUAAACUCUUCUCCUCAAUAUUGCCUACAAAACACAAAGAUUCUGAUAAAUCAGUAACACAUUUCUAAUGUUGUCAAUAAGGAAACCUUUGUGACUUUAGAAGAAAUUAUGAUGCACUAUCAAUGUUUCUGAAAGAAUUUCAGCUGGCAGCUCAUGCAGCACCAAUAUACAUCAUUUAGAAAGAUAAAUUUUUUGCUUUCUCUUCUUUCUGCUAUCCCUGAAUACCCUGCAGGACAGCCUGCAUGGUCCGCUUUGCUUUUGGUUUCCCUCCAGAGACUCCUGAUAUGUAUGCUAGGAUUCCAGUCAUGUUGGCAGCCUCUACCACACGAUAUAUGAUGCUUAUAUACCUGAAGCCAGGUACUGAGUGUGGGUGCUACACGUGUUCAGUUAAUAUUGCACAUUCAAUGUGGCUUUGUUGUUCAAAGUAAAAUCAAAUGUAAAUGUCCAGAGUAAGAACUUCAGAGUAUUUGGAGAAAUUCAGUAAUCAUCUCCAGCACUAGGGCACGGCUAGGACAUCCAGUCUGUGUACACCUUCCACAUGUAUAGGAUCUUUCUUUUCCCCAGUGUCUCCCUGAGGAGGCUAUUCUGCUAUUCUCUCUUUUCUACCACUAUCACACUAUUUCUUUGUGAUAACACACAAAAAGGAGAUAGUUUAAGAGAUUGGAGAACACCAGAAGCCUACUUUACGCCAGCUCUGUGUGUUGGCUAAGGAAAAACACAGCUUCAUGUUAUCUAUUAAAAAAUCAUUACUCACAGGCUGAAAACAAAGAAAUUAGUCAUUUUCUAAAACUGAGCUUUGGUGCUGUAAAAAAAUAAUAAUAAAAAAAUGAAGGUCUAGAAACUGUGAAUGACUUAACACUAGCUACCCUCCAGACAGCAGUGACUAUGGCUGUGAAGCUCUUAAGGGCAGUGUAAUGGUGAGUGUUCUACUUCAAGAGAAAGCUACAGCUGCUUCUCUGGAUGCUUUAGUGAAAGAUUGCAGCCAGCCCACAUCCAUCUGAUGCUCGGGCUACUUACCUAUAUCUUUCAGCUUACUGUUUGAUAUUUCUUCAAUUCUAUAAUGCAGAAGAUGCAUCUGAUACAUUUCCCAGUUUUUACUUUGCAAGCCUGAUGCCUCCUUUUCAUGAAAACAAUGACAUGUGUUUGUUCUAUAACAUGUUUCAUUUGUGCUGGAAGCUGCUGAGUAAAAGUGAGCACACAGGAUGCCUGAAUUUCAGCUUCAGAACUAAGCAAUGUAGAUUUUCUUUAUUUGUUCAUGUUGGUAACAGCAUUUAAGAGAAAAUUUACUUCAGUGCCCACUGCAGUUAGUGAAGAAGCUCUGCCUGACUGCUCUAGCCCAGGGUAAAGAGCUGAAUGUGUUCACAGCUCCACUACAUAUCCCAGUCAUGGUCAACUUCAGCAUCUUACAGUUCAAGACUGUGACUCAGGAACUGCAACAGCAGGGUACACUUUCAGUGGGCAAGUUCCUUCUGCUUCUUUCAGUAGAGAAAGGGCAUCAUUUACCUACUUCUGUUCAACACAGGGACAAUUUUAUCAUUGUCUUUUGUUAAAGAUUGUGCACUUACUGAGCUCAGCUCUGACCCUAGUUCCACAGUACCAAGUUUCUCAUGGAAAGUGAUGGCAGAGAGCGUCCAGGUUGCAGUCUUGGAAUAUAAAAGGAAAUGCUACUAUGAUGCUCUGAAUUGAGAGCUGAGGCAGAAAUACUGCCAAGGUUCAAGGAAACCAGAGCUUCUGAUUCCCAAUCGAAAACCUUGGUUGGCAAAACUUUAUUAUCAGAAUGAAACAAGGUUAGAAAUCCCAAACAGGAUGAGCAGCAGCAGUUCUGCUGAUAGCCAGUACCAUUUCUACUUCCCCAUUGCUUCCACACUGGUUUUCACAUAUUUUCCAUGAUGCCUUGUGCUAGGACUGUGUGAUGGAGUCAUUUUACAAGUUAAAGCUGACUAAAUCAGCUCUAUAAGAAGAUUAAAGAAAAAUCCUUUAUAGUAACAAUUCCACAGGCUUAAAUGAGUUACGUAUAAUACUUCAAUGUCCUGGUGCUGGUGAAGUUAUUUAAUGUAAUAUGACUUGUAUAAUGUUAGUCAGACAUUACUGUAAGCUCUAAUAGUAACCUAUCAUUCGAGUUAUUAGUGACUGUUUAUUACAGAUGUUUUACAGUGCUUUUGAACUGUGUAAGACUAAAUAAAAUGACAUCUGAGCUGGGAAAUACUUGAAAAGACAUGGAAGAAUUGAGAAAUAAUUUUUAACUCCUUCUGCAGAUCUAUUUGACAGUUUACAAGAUGCUUUUGCUGUACCUGUGUCGCAUGUGGUAGAUAUUUAUAAGAUCCUUAUGCAGCUACAAUAUACAAUUCAAUCUAAUUAGAAAGCCAGUGAAUCUGUUAUUGAAUUAAAGCAAUUCUCAUUUCCAUAGCUUUCCUAAAUUUCUCAUUCUGACUUCCUGCAAUAUCUGGCACAAUGGCAAUAAAGAGUAUUUUCUGCUCCUGAAUAUUUGUUCAGUCCCUGGAUUUCUCU